AUGAAAUUCACAUCAUUCAUCAUUGCUUUCGCAGCUGUUGCAGCUGUCACCGAUGGACGAUUCACACAAGAACAUACACCAGCAGCCGAAGCAACUUUCCGAGGAAUGAGAGCUGUCGCCGUUGGUACUCCUUUCGGUGAACAACUUGGUGACUUAUCCGGUUUAGCCGUCGAUAAUUUAUUGGCCGGUGCCCCAGCUUGCGGACAACAAAACGUUGCUGAUAAAGUCAUCGACAUUGCCAAAAAAACCAAUGGAAGUAAGAGGGCCCAGCUUAUCAAGAUUGCUAUCGCAUAUCGUAAACUUGAGCGCAAUACCCCAUUAUUAGGUCAACCCUCAAACUUCUGUGAUAAGAGACCAAAAAAUAAGGAACUUAUUGGAGUAUUCCAAGCCCAAGAUCCAACUAAAGUUAAGAAGAGACCACCACCUUUCGUAUCCAAAGGUGAAAAAUUGAACAAAAAGCCAAAUUUUGGAAAAGCAGAAGUCAAGAAGGAAACCGCUGAAUCAAAAAGACUUUCGAAGGCUGCUGCUAAAUGCAAAAAAAUGUUGGCAAAGAAGCGUGUAGCCCCAGGUCAAAAAAGAAAAUGCGAAAAAAUCCUUAAAGCCGUCAAAUAA